CAGGCAGGCUGUUCUUCCUGUUUGGCCGAGGGAUUCAUUAUCGGAUUUCUUCCCACGGAAUAACUCUAACGGAUUAGCAUUCGUUUUUAUUCCAAGUCAGCUGCACGGACAGAGAUCAUGGGAGGGAUCAAACAAGAGCAGAGUGAUGCAUCACAGCAACCCAAAGCCUCACAGACAGCGGAUCAACCACAAGAAGAGCCUAAGAAAAGAGGCUGGCCGAAGGGAAAGAAAAGAAAGAAGGUCCUGCCAAAUGGUCCCAAGGCACCAGUUACGGGAUAUGUGCGCUUUCUGAACGAACGGCGAGAACAUAUGCGGGCCAGAUACCCUGACUUACCUUUCCCAGAAAUCACCAAGAGACUCGGAGCAGAAUGGACACGAUUAGCUCCGACUGACAAACAGCGCUAUCUGGAUGAGGCAGAACGAGAGAAGAUGCAGUAUGCCCAGGAACUGAAGGAAUAUCAGCAGACUGAGGCCUAUCAGAUCACCAGUGCUAAGAUACAGGACAAGAGGAUCAAAAAAGAAGACACACCAUCUGCUGUCAUCGGCGCUACUUCAGGGUCAUCCUUAACAAAGGCUUCUGACCUCUCAAGCAGAUUUGACAUCCCUAUUUUCACUGAAGAGUUCCUCGAUCAGAACAAAGCUCGAGAGGCAGAGUUGCGACGCCUCCGUAAGGCCAACGUUGAGUUUGAAGAGCAGAAUGCAGUGCUGCAGAGGCACAUUAAGGACAUGUACAAUGCUAAAGAGCGCCUGGAGGCUGAACUGGGGCAAGAUGAGAAGCGUACUCAGGCUCUUCAGCAACACUUGAUGGCCAUUAAACACACAUUGGUCAACAGUCUCUCAACGGUGCCCCUGCCAGGUACUGGGGAGACAGCAUCUCUCGGAAAUCUGGACUCAUACCUGAGUCGUCUCAGUGGAGUACUUGAGGGCAACCCCCAUAAACACCGUGCCCUACUUACCCAGCUUUGUGAGGUCUUAUCUCACCUGGACAGUGAGAAAUUAUGAGGAGACGGCAGUCAGAGACCCACCUCCUCUUGGAUUGUAGCGACAUAUGAGAGAGAGAGAGAGAGACACAUGGUGGUUUUAGGUCAAAUCAUUGCCAGUCAGCAGAGCAUGUAAAUAUUAUAAGAUCAGCAAAGGAAAAGGUACUUCAAACCAACACACAUACUCCAUGUCUGCAUGCCUGUUGUUUAUGAAUAUGUGUGGACAUGUGUACUCCUACAUAUAUUUUUUUGUGAAUGUAAGUCUGUGUUGCAUUGUUGGGUUUUUUUGUUUGUUUGUUUUUUUACAGUUCAGAAAUUUCAUCAAAUAAGAUGUAAGUUUACUUUCUGAGCUGCCUUAAUUACAUCUUCUGGGAAUUACCCUACCCUUAUUGUGUAGAUAUGUAUCAGCAGUUAUCUACAGGUCCAUGGCAUGUACAGCAAGCCUAAUUAUCAAUUUACUGUAAAUUAUGUUUGGUGUGUGUUGGGUGGGGUGGGGGGUGUAUAAGUAGUUAUUUUUUAUAAUGCGUGAACAAAACUGGGAAGGGGUGAAUAUUAAAUGUUGGGGUUUCUAUUGAUAAGCUUGUGAAAUGGACAAGCAAUUUGCCAUGUUGUCAGAAUGCUGAAUAUUUGUAUUUUUCCAGAUGUUCAUUAAACCAUGCUGAAAAUAUUGUUUCAAAAAACAAAAAGGA